UGUGGGAACCACGAGGAGGUGGCGGCCAAUCAGAAGCCGCCUUUCUUUCGGGAGUGGCCCCGCCCCGGGGCCGCGACCAAUCGGCGGAGGGGGCGGUGCUCGGGAGGAGGCGGUGACCAAUCAGGCGGCGAUCCCGCCGUGAGGCGGCGGCCAAUCAGGGUGGGGGUCGUUUUGCGGCGGGAAAUGGCGGAAGCGGCGGCGGGACAAGAUGGCGGCACCGGGCGGGCGGAGCUGAUGGCGGCGGUGCUGGACGCGUUCAGCGAGCGGCUCCUGGCGGCGGGCAGUUACGAUCGUUUCGCGCGCUGUUACCGACGCUUCUACCGGGCGCUGCCCCACGUGACCCGCAGCAUCCACCAGCAGUUCGUGGCGCAGCUCCGGGAUCACGUGACGGUCAGCGGGGACGGGGGGGGGGUCAGUAAUGGGGGGGUUAAUUAA